GGCAAAACCUAAGCAGCGGAAUUCGAUUCCUUUUGAUUAUACAUCUCUGCGUCUUAUCGCACAACUUCUUAGAGAGAUCUAAAAUAAAAGAGAAAGAAUUUCGAAAUCCUUCACAUCUAGAACAAACACAUUCCGUCACUGAAGCUGUAAAUCGAAACAGAGCCGAUUGUGAAAAAUCAGACAUAUGAGCUGAAAGUUUUUGUGUAAUUCUAAGAAAAUGGAUGAUCAUCGAGAUAGGAUCAGUCGGUUGCCAGAUGAUUUCCUCUUACAGAUAUUGUCAUGGCUUCCAACAAAAGAUGUAUGGGUGACGAGUCUCUUGUCGAAACGAUGGCGGAAUCUUUGGACAUUGGUCCCUAGGCUCAACUUUGACCUCAGGCAUCACGAUAACGCAUGCACAAAGUUCACAAAGUUUGUCGACAGGUCUCUGUUACUGCACAAGGCUCCAACUUUGGAGAGUUUGCAUAUCAAGAUCGGUUCGAAGUGUCCUAGAGCAGACGUAGAGACAGGGGUAUGGGUCAGAAUCGCCGUAGACCGCUCCGUGCGCGAGCUAGAUAUCAGCUAUUGUUCCGGCGAAGAGCCUAUAAGGAUGCCUAAGUGCUUGUUUGAUUGUAGAACGCUUGUGGUCCUGAAACUCCAAAACGCAAGCCUCGUUGAUGCGACUUCUUACGAUUGCUUUAGUGCCCUCAAGACUCUGCACCUUCUAGAUGUCAAGUACGUUGAUGAUCAGUCGCUUCCUAGUAUUUUAUCAUGCUGCACUACUCUCGAAGAUUUGGUUGUGCAAAGAUGCCCUGGAGACAAUGUCAAAAUCGUCAAUUUGACUGCUCCGUGCUUGAAAAACCUCUCUUUACAUAAAUCGUCGCAAGCUUUUGAAGGAGACGACGAUGGGUUCUUGAUAGAUGCCCCUAAGCUGAAGUGCCUAGACAUUGAAGACUAUUGGGGUGGGUUUUGUUACAUUGAGGAUAUGCCUGAGGUUGUGGAAGCGAAUGUCGAUGUUAUCUAUAAAAACACUGAGAAACUCAUGGGAUCCCUCACCUCGAUCAAGCGUCUUGCGCUAUGUCUCAUCACUUCAGAUGCUGCUUAUCCCGUUGGUACAGUCUUCUCUCAGCUUGUUCAUCUAGAACUAUGCACAUGUGCGCCACGGUGGUGGGAUUUACUUACUCGGCUUAUUGAAGAUUCGCCUAAUCUACGAGUUCUUAAACUCAGACAGAAACAUAUUAGACGUGCCCCUUGUCCCGGGAUUAGUUGGAAGCAACCUGUUUCUCUUCCGAAUGGUUUGCUAUUACUCCAUCUUGAGACCUUCAAGUGGGAACUGUACGAAGGAUCGGAAAACCAGAAAGAAGUGGCGAUAUUCGUCUUGAAACACGCUACUCGAUUGAAGAAAGCGAUCAUCUCUCCGAAGCCAACCAGUACUCUCCAAGAGAAACAUGAGAUGCUCAAGGAGUUGUCAUCCGCGCGGCGUGGUUCGAGUAUGUGCGAGCUCUUGUUCGACUGAAGAAAGAUAGAAAUAGAAGAAACGAACUUUAUUCUGUACUGAGGAAUGUUUUAUUACUUCAUUUUCAGUGAACAUCGUUUGUAGUAUUGUUGUCAUAUUUACCUGAAAGUAUUUGCUCUGCAUUUGGGUUUAUCCUCUCUUCUGUGUUCCAAUCUAUGCAGAACUGCAUUUGGGUUUAUCCUGUGUGUUACAGUCUACCCCUAGAAUCUUCAGUAAUAAACAAGAAGCUGUUAUCAUUUACAA